AUGGAUGUGGGAGAUUCCCAACGAGAGACGAUUUCUCUCCUUAUAAAAACGCCCAACCAGGCUCAGGAGGACCAAGCCGUCGAAGGGGUCUAUCUACACUGGACUGUAAAGGACCUAAAAACACAUUUGUCGACUGUUUACGCAACCAAACCGGCUGUGAGUGAGCAGAGACUCAUCUAUGCUGGUAAACUGCUACCUGAUCAUCUGCACAUUAAAGAUCUCUUCAGACAGACUGACUCCAUUCCCACACUGCACCUGGUGUGUGCUUUUAGGAAUCCACCCCAAGGACCCCUUGGAGCCAGACCUAAGACCAAAGAGACGGAACAGCCAUGUCCCUCUAGUCCGAGGCCCAUGGCAGCCAGUUCCAGCAGCUCCUCCUCCACAGUCCAGACUCCAAGCACACCAGAGCUGAGGCAGAGGAGGCAGAACUCUUCAGCUUCAGCUGCUGCUGCUUCAACUCAUGCACACUACCCAGUGUCUCCAUCAGGAAUGCCUUCGUGGCCUACUGCUGCAGUGCCUGGAGCGCCACAGAUGACCCAACCAGCCUUUCCCACCUACUCCCUGUACAGCCCUCAACAGCUACUCUGGCUCCAACAUGUCUACGCAAGACAGUAUUACAUGCAAUAUCAUGCAGCAUUGGCCGCAGCAGGCACUUUCCCCUCUGCACCAGCUACAACCAUUGGCCAGUACCCUCCCGUUCCAGCCCACCAAGUACCUGUCCCAGCCCCCUUAGCCAAUCAGAACCCCAUCAACAACCUGCCAGCCAAUCAGAACCCAGUGCAAGAUGGGGCUUUCAUCAACCCCGGAGAGGCCAACCAGAACAUGCGGAUGAACGCACAGGGCGGGCCCAUGAUGGAGGACGAGGAGGAUAUGGAGCGUGAUUGGCUGGACUGGUUGUACUCCGCCGCAAGAUUUAGCGUUCUGCUCAUGAUUGUGUACUUCAACUCUAACCUGACCCGCUUUCUGCUGGUGAUGAGCACUCUCUUCAUCAUGUACCUACACACUGUUGGUUGGUUUCCCUUCAGAAGGCGAGUGCAGGUCCAAGGACCCAACCACCUGCAGCCCCCUGAGGUCCAGCAGAACGAGAAUGGGAACCCAAAUCCAGCAGAUGAGCUUGCUGACAGACAGGGGGAGGAACCUGCUGACGAUGGAUCAAUGACAGCAGUUUUAGUGCCUCCCCACAGGGUGUCAGUCAUAUGGACAGCGUGGGUUUUCUUCAAAACUUUCUUCUCCUCCCUCAUACCUGAGGCUCCUCAGGGUGUGGCCAACUGACCACAGACGACUGAGAGAGACAGCAGACUUUAAGUUUUCAGUGAGGAACAAAGAUCAUCUGAGAUGGAAAGAAAAGAAGGAUGUCUGUCAGCUCAAUAAAUGAAAAUAAGGGCAUUGUACAUGUACAUAUCAACAAUAACUGAUACUUCCCUAUUAACAGUAGUUCGAAGAGCUCCUGUGUAAAAUAGUUUUUUCUUCUGAGUGUGAAACACAAAGUUAAAUACACCAGCAAAAUAAAGCAAUUCCAGACCCUUGAAUUUCCAAAAAUGUGGACUGAAAAGAAAGGACAUGAAAGACUAAAAAACAUCAGACCACAAUAGUAACAAUAAUGCAUCGUUCAAUGGGAUCCCAGACCUUCAUCUGACCAAACAUCUGCUAUAUACUGAUUGUGGGUUUUUACCCCAACCUUAAUUUUUUCAGUGUGACAAGGCCCUCAAAGACGAGCAUUGCCACCUGGACGGUUCACUUAUCCAUGAACAACAGUAGGUGGCAGCUGAGGGUAAAAAAUAAAUGUUUUAUCUGACACUGUUGGACUUUGUGCCAAAGUUAUUUACAGUGAUGGGAGUUAUGUACGUGGGCUUUCUAAUCCUCAAGGAUUCAAAAUCAGCUUAUCUGAGUUUUCAUAAUGAAUAUGAUCCAGAUCAAUACUCUCACACUUAUGAGGAUGAUUAUAUGAGACAUGUUUGAUGGGAAGUGAAAAUCCACACAGAAACAGAACUCGGUACUGUAUGUUAUCGCUCUCUUACAGAACAGGUUUAUUUUGGUCAGUCCAUGCAUGGACUCUGGAUUUGAGGACAGCUGUAAAAGUAGGACAGAUGCUGUUUUUACUUGUUUUACAGCUUUGCUUUUGACAAUGAAAGCAUCUGAGCUAAAUUGAUUUUGACACCAAUCUAUCUGAACUUACAGUAUAGCCCCCUUUUACACUGCUUCUUCAAAGUGGAAAUUAUUAUGGCUUGCCUGGACAGCCGGCAGGAUGGGAUCAUGGGCGGCAUGGGCGUGAGACUUUGACGAUGUAUUAUGCGUUGUCUCUCAAAAUAAGCACAAUACUCAACUAUAUACAACUUUAAAAAAAUCGGCUAAUUUUGGAUUAUUAAAGUCAAGAAUUAAGUUGCUCUGAUGUAUCAGUAAAAUUCAGACAAAAUACAAGAUGAGAUUCACAUUAUUUUGGCAUGUAUUUGCUUCCAUACAGUCACUGUACUGAACAUUAACUGCCUUUAUGUUAGCAAAAACUGACAGUAACCACAGCUUCAGUUCACAAACAAAACUGGACAAGAAGAACAAAAUCCAAAUCAUGAACAAAAGUCAUGAUUAACAAAAUUCAAAAUAACAUAGUGCAGAUUUCUUCACCAGUUCGUUUUUUUGGGUGAUUUUCCUAUUAUUGAGCAUUGGAUUGUGGUGAUUGUGACCAGAUGCAAAUGAAACUUAAACUUUUCACCAAAUCACUGAGUACAUUUUCUGCAGCCUUAGUUGGAAAAAAAAAAAAAAGAACAACCCUAAUGCCACCAAAAACUGACAGUGACUGGAACUUCAGUUCACAAACAAAACUGGAUUAGGGGAACAAAAUCCAAAUCAUGAACAAAAGUCAUGAUUAAGAAAAUUAAAAACAACAUUGUACAGCUUUACCAGUUCUGUUUUGGGUGGAUUUUCCUGUAACUAUAAUAAGUGUUGGAUGAUAGUGAUUGUGACCAAAUGCAAACUAGACUGCGUCUCUUUUGCCAAAUCACUGGGUACAUUUUCUGUAAAUAGUGACGCUGCCAUAGUAAAAAAAAAAAAAAAAAAUAAAAAUCAAGUUUUGUAAAUAUUAUGUUCACAAAGCACUUUAUAACGUGUACCUUAUGCAGGCUUCUUUACAUUUAGAGGGGUUAUGCUUCAUUAUUCUUCAUCAAAAGAUUUUUAAUAUAAAUAUAAUGCCUAGAGGGCUCACAGUUAUGUUUUGUUGUUGGUUUUUUGAUUUCAGGUAAAGUCUAAAAUCCCAUUUAAACAAACCAGGUUGAAAGCCAAAUCAGUGGUAAAUAGUUGUUUCUAAUGCUAGAAUAUAUCUUGAGAAUGGCAAGUUUACAUCUCAGCUGGCUUAUAGACCCUCUGCAGAGUGUUCUCUUCUCACCCAGGGACUGGCUUCUUUUCUUAUUUUGUUGUCACAUGUCUUACUUUCAUUAAGUUAACAUUCCAAAUGUGCUAUAAUGAAGCUCAUCAUCAUUCCUCCUGUCCAUUUUUAAGCAUUUUAAUCUCAUCAUAUUGAUUGAGAAACCUUCACUGUAACAGAUCAGAUGCAUACACAAAAAUGACUGUUAAUGCAGUUACUGGUCAGCUUACUCAAGUCAUCAAUUAUGUUGUUAUGCUGUUACAGUGAGUGUAUAUGAAAAAUCCAAUCUGUUGAUUUGUGUUUAUUAACUUCUUGUAAUCAGUGCAUGUUUUAUUGAAUAAUAAGAAGAAUAAAUGGGUUUUAAUCUCCUCGUAACAAUGUCACUGUGAAGGGGGGUGUAUUACACCUUUAAGUAAAGAGAUGAAAAGUAUUUUUUCUUUUUCUUGUAAUCCAUUUAAUUUUGUUUACUGCAUUAGCCCCUGCUAGUUAGCACUCUGAUUCCAUUUGGGACAAUCUCAAAUGACAGAAGUUUGUGACCUUCAGUCACCAUGUAUAACUGGUCAUUUUAAUGUUAAGCCAUUAUUUAGGAUUUUGUUUUUAUUUUUGUUUGUCUCACUGUAACAGCAGCUUAUUAAUGGAUGUUGAAGAAAGAAGUGUGUUGAGGGAGACUUGCAAUAAUGGAUGCAAUAAAUGUUCUUAACAAUAA